ACAUUUUGUUGAAAACCCAGCUGGAGCAGUGAAAGUGGUCAAAGCUGUGUCUUCUGUACUAGUAUCUAAAAACAGGCUAAGAUGAAGAUGUGAAGUUUAAAAGAAAGAAGCCGAGGCUGGGAAUCUGCUGAUAUGUGAAACAGGAUAGCAUACAGAUGUUAUAAACACAACAAAAAGAAGAUGCCUCCACUCCUGCCAAGAGAGCGCCAGAUUUGUACUGACAGCCAUGCUAAGGCAAUAUUAACUACCAUGAACAUGCUGAGAAAGGCCUCCUCGUUGUGUGAUGUGAUGUUGAAGGUGGAGGAAGAAUACUUUCCAGCACACAGAAUUGUACUGGCAGCCUGCAGUGACUACUUCUAUGCCAUGUUCACCAGUGAGAUGUCUGAAAAAGACAAGAACACAAUUGAGCUAGGUGGGAUUUCGGCCACUGUCAUGGAUGUCCUGUUAGAUUUUGUCUACACGGAAACAGUCAAUGUCACUGUGGAAAAUGUCCAGGAUCUUUUACCUGCUGCUUGUCUGUUACAACUCACUGGAGUAAAACAGGCAUGUUCCGACUUCCUAGAAAAGCAACUGGACCCUUCCAACUGCCUUGGUAUAAGGACGUUCGCUGAGAACCAUUCUUGUAAGAAUCUCCAGGAAGCAGCAGAGAGUUUCCUGUUUAAGCAUUUUGAAGAUGUCAUAGGGCAGGAAGAGUUUCUGGGACUUGAGGUGGAGGAUGUAGAAAAACUCAUUGGUAGUGAUGAAAUUCAGGUGAGCUCAGAGGAGCCAGUGUUUGAAGCAGUGCUGAACUGGGUGAAGCUGGAUUUGGAGAAAAGAACAGAAGAUCUUCCAAAAUUACUCCAGCUGGUGAGACUACCGUUACUCAGUGUUAGAUACAUCACAGAUGUAGUGGACAACCAGAGUCUUAUCAAAGCCAGCCAUGCUUGCAGAGACCUGGUGGAUGAAGCUAAAACUUUUCACCUCAGACCAGACCUCAGGAGUCAACUGCAUGGGUCACGUACAAAACCCAGAACAGGCUCUGUAGAGGUACUAGUGGUGGUUGGAGGCUUUGGUGCCAUGCAAAACCCAGUAGAUUCUGCUGAGAUGUUUGAUCCCAAGAGUAAUGAAUGGGAGUCACUGCCUUGUCUUACAAAGAGGAGACGAUAUGUCACUGCUGCUGCAGUUGGACCUAGACUUUACGUGAUUGGUGGAUAUGAUGGCCAAUCACGGCUCAGUUUAGUGGAGUGCUUGGACAUCAGUCAAGACAAGCCUGCCUGGCAUGCUGUGGCCCCCAUGCACCAUCGUAGAGGACUGGCUGGAGGAUGUGUAUAUCAAGACAUGAUAUUUGUGUGUGGAGGCUUUGAUGGCACCAACAGACACACCAGUCUUGAGCGCUAUGAUCCCCGUAUUGACCAAUGGACACUGCUGGGCAGUAUGUUACUAGGGCGUGAGGGGGCAGGACUUGUAGUGGCCAGUGACCAUAUAUACUGCCUUGGUGGCUAUGAUGGUGUGAAUCUUUUGAAUUCUGUGGAAAAGUAUGACCCUCGGACUAAUCAGUGGGCAAGUGUGGCUCCUCUUGCUACUAGCAGAUCAGGCGCAGGGGUGGCUGUACUAAAUGACACGAUAUUCGUUUGCGGUGGUUACGAUGGGAACACGCAUUUGUCUUCAGUAGAGAUGUACAACGUGCGUACGUGUCAGUGGUCGUCCAUCAGCAGUAUGACGUCUCCCAGGUGCUAUGUUGGAGCAUGUGUGUUACGAGGAAAGUUAUAUGUUGUUGCAGGAUAUGAUGGCCACACUCUACUCAAGAACAUGGAGUACUAUGACCCUAUUGCUGACCAGUGGAUAGUCACGGAGUCCACCAUGGAGGUCAAGAGGUGCGACUCAGGGGUGGCUGUGGUCAAGGGGAUAUGAGAGAACAACUAGACACUCGAUAAAGUGACCACAAUUAGGUUAAAUGUCUCAUAAUCAUCGUCACCACCUCCCCAGGGAGGAGAGAUCGCUAACACAGAUUGUAAUGAUCAGGUGUCUAACUAUUUGUUUUGUAUGUAAUGCACAUAAUUGUAAAGUCUACUAAACAUAUAUAUAUAUAUGAAGUUCAGAUUAAAAAUAUAUAUAAUAUAUUAUAAAGUCAAGAAACAGGUUUCUAGAGAUAUUGACUGGGACUAGUUAACAUGACCAGUCAGUCUGUGAUGCCAAAUACUGGUCAGAAACAAUGCCAGCUUAGUAACAAAUUAGGAUUUUCAAAGUUACUAGACUAAGUCUUAUCCCACUAGUUUCAGCAAUUAAAUAUUUUUCCAUUAUCAAAUUGAAUAUUAUUCAUCUUUGGACUUGUUAUUCUUGGUUUAAAGUAGUAGUUUUCUGAGGCUUACAAGGUACUAGUAAGAGCUACCAGUAUGUUGAAAAACUUAAUCACAGAUUAACCAGACAAGUAAUUGGUAUUGUGUGGUCAAAGAAGCAUAUAAUUUUAGGUAAAACUCUAAAGGCAUUGGUCCCAAAUUUUGAAUUUUCAUU